GCGUGCGCACUGCGUGCCGUGCAGGGCGCGCUCCCUCGGCCUCCCCCGGGCCCGGAGCCGCUGCAGCCCCGCGUCCUCGGGCCCCGCCGGUCGGGCGAUGCCGGAGAUCAGCCUCCGCCACGUCGUGUCCUGCAGCAGCCAGGACUCGACCCACUGUGCGGAAAACCUGCUGAAGGCCGACACGUACCGGAAGUGGCGGGCAGCCAGGGCGGGCGAGAAGAGCAUCUCCGUGGUCCUCCAGCUGGAGAAGGAGGAGCAGAUACACAGCGUGCACCUGGGGAACGAUGGCUCGGCCUUCGUGGAGGUGCUGGUGGGCAGCUCGGCCGGGGGCGCCGCGGCCGGAGAGCAGGACUAUGAGGUCCUUCUGGUCACCUCCUCGUUCAUGUCCCCCUCCGAGAGCCGAAGUGGCUCCAAUCCCAACCGUGUUCGUAUUUUUGGCCCUGACAAGUUAGUCCGCGCAGCGGCGGAGAAGCGCUGGGACCGUGUUAAAAUUGUGUGCAGCCAGCCGUACAGCAAGGACUCGCCCUACGGCCUGAGUUUUGUGAGGUUUCACAGCCCUCCAGACAAAGAUGAGGUGGAGGCCCCAUCCCAGAAGGGGACAGUGACCAAGCUCGGCCAGUUCCGUGUGAAGGACGAGGAUGACAGCGCCACCUCCCUGAAGCCGGGCGCGCUCUUCUUCAGUCGUUCCAGCAAGCUGUCUCUAGCCUCCGCCAGCGACCCUGCAGGCCCCAGCUAUGCAGCAGCCACGCUGCAGGCCUCUAGUGCGGCCUCAGCCUCUCCAGCCUCCAGGGGUGUGGGCAGCGCUCCCCAGCCCCAGGAGUCACCCAAACGGAAGAGGAGUUUGGAAGACAGGCCGUCUCCCGGCAAAGCCUCGGCAGGGCCGCCCGCCGCCAGGAAGCCCAAGUUGAUGGCUCCUGGCCGAGCCCCCGCCUCGGCCCCCGCCUCCACCCCAGCACAGAAGGCCGUCCCCAGGAAGCCUCUCGGAGGCUCGGAGCCCAGGGCGGCUCGGGGCCCCCAGGAGUUGGGCAAGGUCCUGCAGGGCGUGGUGCUGGUGCUGAGUGGCUUCCAGAACCCCUUCCGCUCCGAGCUCCGAGACAAGGCCCUGGAGAUGGGGGCCAAGUACCGGCCGGACUGGAGCGCGGAUAGCACACACCUCAUCUGUGCCUUUGCCAACACCCCCAAGUACAGCCAGGUGCUGGGUCUCGGAGGCCGUAUCGUGCGGAAAGAGUGGGUACUGGACUGCCACCGCAUGCGCCGCCGCCUGCCCUGCCGGAGGUACCUCAUGGCAGGACCUGGGUCCAGCAGUGAGGACGAGGGGGACGCUCACAGUGACAGCGCUGAAGAAGGAGCUCCUACGCUUACUAGAAAGGCCAAAGCCAAAACCCACGCAGCAGGACCAAGCUCACCUCAGAGGCCAUGCACCCCAGAAGAGACCAAAGCACCCUCACCAGGACCCCAGGACAGCAGUGACACUGGGGGAGAGCUGUCAGAAGGACAGGACGCUGGGGCGGAUGACUCGGGGGACACUGAGGAUGAGCUGAGGAGGGUGGCCAAGCAGAGGGAGCAGAGGCCGCCUCCAGCACCAGACCAGAAUGGCGAGGACCCGUACGCAGGCUCCACUGACGAGAACACAGAUAGCGAGGCAGACCUGCCGAUCCCAGAGCUCCCAGACUUCUUCCAGGGCAAACAUUUCUUCCUGUACGGUGACUUUCCUGGGGACGAGAGGAGGCGGCUCAUCCGAUACGUGACAGCGUUCAACGGGGAGCUGGAGGACUACAUGAGCGAUCGGGUCCAGUUUGUCAUCACGGCGCAGGAGUGGGACCCCAGGUUUGAGGAGGCGCUCGUGAGCAACCCUUCGCUGGCCUUCGUGCGGCCCCGCUGGAUCUACAGCUGCACGGAGAAGCAGAAGUUGCUGCCGCACCAGCUCUACGGGGUGGUGCCCCAGGCCUGAGGGCACAGCCAGAGGAGUUCAAUAAAGGAGACUUCGUUUGA